GCCGUCUUUGACAGAUGCCAGCUGACAGAUUGUUUGUCGUGCGCUUUUCACGUUUCAUCGAUUUUAUGCUACGUCGAUUUGUUUUCUUACCGAACUGUCGCAAAAGCCAGGCAGUGCACCCAGUUUGACAGCUGUCGGGAAGUGUCAAACUGGUGCAUUUUCGUGUUAGCUACUGCGAUGAUCGGUCGUCAAUUUUCCAGAGCUCUUUUUGUUAUUUUCCAAGUGAGUAGCCAUUGUGUUUUCUUCUGCUUUUCGCACGCCAUCACGCAAAACAUGAGUUUCUUGUGAUUUGCGCUGGGUUCCGUGCAUAGGAAUCGGGUAACGGAGAUUCGCAAUUGAUUCGCCUCAAAGGCCCCUCGGUCUUGGUGUUGUGGACCAAAGACCAGGGGGAAAUCGAAAGGCUGGUUUCGUGAGGCGACGCGCCACGAACCAUCGUUACAUACGCAGGCCAUUGCCGUGGAAAGUUACUGCACCACCAAGAACCAUGGACAGUGAUGGGCAGGUGCGUUGCUUGCCGCAGGAUGAGGACGAGAGCGUAUUUGAUGUUCACGGGCAAAUGCAGAUACAUAACGCCAAAGGGGUGUUGACAAAAAUUGCGAACGUGUACGCCGAGCGACUCACGUCGGAUGUGGUGCUACUGGUCGGUGACAAGCGGUACGCCGCCCACCGCGUCAUCUUGUGCGCCAGUAGCGAUGUUUUUGACGUGAUGCUGAUGAACUCGGCCUGGCGUGAAUUUGGCGACAAUGUCGUUACGCUACUGGAAGACGAAAAGUGCCAGGCGGUCUUCCCACAGUUCCUGCGAUACAUGUACGUGGGUGAGAUCACUGUGACCGUCGAUACCGCUGUUUAUAUCAUGAAACUGGCGGACAAGUAUAAUGUGCAUGACGUUGUGCUACUGUGCGUAGAGUUUAUGAAGAGCCAUAUCGGCAAGGCUGCCAUGAAGGGUUACCUUAUCGAAUGGUUGCACAACUCACUCCUGAUGUGUACGGAACAGUCCGCGCUCGUGACAGCGCUUGAGAAUUACCUGAAAUGGAAUUUCGAUCAGAUCUCCGCCCAGCCCGAGUGGGUGAAUUUGAGUCAAAAUAUCCUCGAGUGGUUACUACAGCAAAACGAUCUUGCCGUCAAGAGCGAGUAUGAUCUCUACCAGAGGGUUGACGAAUGGCUGUCAAAUCAAAAGGCAUUGAUCGACGCCAAACCGGAACUAACCGAUAAGCAGAUGCAUGAACAGAUUUCGGAGAUUGCCAACCGGGUGCUGGUGCAUGUGCGUUACCCGAUGAUGAGCGUUUCCGAGAUGGCCGAACUGUUGUUGAAGUCCAAAGAUCAGGACUAUAAAAAGGCCGUCAUUGGUCUUGUGGCAAAUGGAAUGAACUUCCAUGCGCUCGGCUACGAGACGCACGCGCGUCGACAGAGUAAAGAUGUAGUGGCCACUGGUGGACGACAGUUUACACCGCGCAUUUACACGGACGAUAUGUGGAGCCUGAAGGUGCAAGCCGACGUGCUUGACAACACCGAACGAUACCAUCGUGUUGCUUCGGUGUUUUUCUCGCCAGUUAAUUUCCUCGAUAAAGAAGACUCCCGAACGGAUGCUUGGGAGGUAGAACUCUAUCCGUUUGGGGUACGCUACUUAGCCGCCCGUAUUAUCGAUGUGAACUACAAUGCCAACGCACAGCAGGAGAUUCCGGAGGCCGUCAUUCGUACUGUGCGAGUUCGGGUUGGCGCCAACGGCUUGCUUAAUGGCGAACGUCGCUUUAUGAUCGGCGUCUUAGUUUUUGGUCGCGAGGACGACGAUGAAUAUAUUGUCAGCUGUCGAGUACAGGUGGCAUACUUUUCCAACCAGCGGCGAGUAAUUAAUAUCGACGAUAUAAUACCCUUUGAAGAGCUGCAAUGGACCAGUGAGGAAAUGCCAAAUCUGUACAUGGUAGGCGACUUUCGAGACAAGGUCAAGAUACAGGUGGUAAUCGUGCCAUUGAAUCCCUACUCUGACCCUUACUCUUGCGAUGCAAAAUGAUCCUGAAUCCCUCUAUCGUCUUUUUUUAUUACUUAUUUCACUUUCUAUAUUCUUCACGUAAACAAUAUGUUACAUUAUUGUUUUGUUUUGAUUAUACUUUCUUUUGGUUUCAAGGAAAUCAAUAUUUUUUCAAGAAGUUCAGGACAGUUGAACUGUUAUAAAUUCAAUUUUUUCGUUGUUUAAACGAAAGUAUGGAAGAAAAUUGAAGCAAAUUUCAAUGUGGAAGAAAUCAAAUCAAAUUCAAUUUUAUUUUAUUUAUUUUUCUGACAUUUUUUGUUUGUACUGGGCUAGUUUUACUUUCUAUCUUCUAAAAACGAACAAUAUGCUGCACUAUUGUUUUGUGUUGAUUAUAUUUGCUUUUGGAUUCAGGCAAACCAAUAAUAUUUCAGGAACUUCUGACCAAUCUAAACAGUCAACUAUUAUAAAUUCCAUGAAAAUAUGAAAAAAAGAAAGAGGAUUGAAUGUCAGAAUAACGUUAUUGAAUAACGAAAUUCUUACAUUUAAUCCUCUUUGUUUGGAAUUUAUGACGGUAGACUGUUUAGACUGUUCAGAAGUAAUAUAGUUAUAGGAAAUCUUUAUGAACUCGCGGAGGCAUUGCUCAAUAAAUUGAAAAAAAUUGUUUCGAUGCACACUCCCAACGGAUUUUCAUUUGUUCUUCUCCUGAUUGGGACGCUGCAAUUGUAAUCGCACUAAAAAGAUGUUAAAGUUAAUUUACUAAGUAAUUAUGCUGCUCGCUGAAAUCAAAAUUGGUGCGACUGAUUUGUAUAGCAAACGAAACGAUCUGGAUUGCUAAAUAACCUGUAAAAGCGUAGCGAUCGAAAUCCCGCAACGCUUGGUACGUGGGCCGCUUUGCUUAAACUCCUAGAUGAUACCAUUAGCAUCAAAGCAGGCCCUCCAAUAUAUCUUUAUCGAUCUACAAUAUCCGCGAUGCUAAGGUGGAUACUAAUAGUGCAGCACAAAACGUGGCGUUCGACCUUUUGUUAACUAUUUGAGUUAUCUUUUGCACUCUGAUGAAAUCAUUUUGCAUUCAGUAGCAUUACUCUAUAGAAACAAUUAGUUAAGAUUAAUGGUUACUGUAUAAUGUUUGAUCUGUUUUUUUGUUGAGUUUUUAACAAUCAUCAAAAGUAUUUGCCAUUUAGUAAGACAUCACAGCAAGUUGUGUGAUUUAAAUCUAAUCGAUUCAAGGCCGUUAAAGAACGCAGACUCUCUUUCGAAAUUCGAUUCCUUGUCACUAAAUUAGUUUUGUCAGUAGACGCCCUUUUGUCUACUUAAUACUCUUGAAAAUUGUAAACUCGACUCCAAAAUCGUCUGGACAAAUACAACCAACACGGCAGGUUGCACCAUUGCUCGAAUAGUAUUGUCAUUUGGGCAUGAAGUCUAGACCAUCGCGCUGUACCUGUCGGCUGAAUCAAUGAUCACAUCUACCAUAUAUUAAUUAGGUAAUUAAAGAAAUCACUACGUGAAAUGCAUCAACGGGGAACGCUCCCGCCAGCCGUAUGAAUUAGAUCCUUUUUAAGUAUCCCUACCGUUGCUACGAUCUCUGCGAUAUACACGGAUAGUGCGGGAUUAGUGAUUGUCGUCCGCUAUGCAGUCAGCCUUGAAUCCAGAACAAAGCCUCCAAGGGACAGUACACUAGGAUGAGAUAGGUUUCACUUCGUAGUGGCGCACUUCGGAGUGUCUGGUGGUAGCUUUCGCACCGUAUUAGAACAAUUGAAGCAAUAGAUAUUCCUCGAAACAUAAAAACACACCCGUACAUACAUACAUACAUACAUAAAUACUAUUUGUUCGGAAACGAAACGAUGGAUUACAAUAUGAAUAUCUACGGGACUGUGGUGUGCAGUCUGGACAGAGCCCCUCUACCCGCUCAUCUUAUUCACGUGACCAUUUGACAAUGUCAUCAUCCCACACAAUCAUGCUGGGUCAGGAGCGGGCGACGACUUCAUAAAUUUGUUAUAGUUUGGUGCUAAGGUGCUCGAAUCACGAAAUGAUUUAGCUAGUUAUGGUGAUGUUUAGGAUGAAUAGAAUAAAUUAAUAGAGGACGUACACACGAUACAGACAACAAAAUCACACUCGCGUGUACGCCCGCCUGCGCAUCGGUUAAGUACGGUAACGAGACCGUGCGGUAACAGUAAUCACUAAAUCAACGAAAACCCGUUCCAAAGGCGCAAAUAAAAUAUUAUUUUUCAUAAAUAAUAGAAAGACAAAACAAACUCCGUCUUUUACUUAUCGCAUAUGCUGAAGCUAUUCGUAGGCCUUGCUGUGUGCUCGGUGGUAACCACGGUCGAUAAAAUAGCAGAUCAAGUACCCUUCGCUUUGAUCCCCAAAUAUAUCU